AUGGGGGGUCGUGAGGAGGGGAGACAGAGGGAGGAGGAGGGGGGAGUGUGUCUGGAGUUCAGCAGGGUGGUUGGUAAGAGCCUGAGACAGGAGUUCUACGAGGCCCUAGACCAUCACAGUCCCAGGCUCAUGGAAAUCUUCAAGGCAAAGAGGGGCCUCACAGGGCAGGUCUUGGCUGACCUGAUGCGACAAACAAAGGCUUCGGAUGUGACAGAAGUCAGAUGCCUUGUCCUCAGGGGGCUUCCUGUCAUUCUUGGCGAUGAUCCAUCCACCUUCGUCAAGGCCUGCUUUGACGUUGAUGAUGAGGAAGGUUUGUACAAUGAUGUGCCAGUGGGGAUCCUCUGCCAUGAACAGGAAAACAUCACUCCACACACGCAGUCCCUUCACCACAAUGCAUCCUCAGUGGGAAUCAUCUUGGAGGGAAACAUUGUGAUGGAUGUUGAGAGCCUGCCCCAGGCCAUGUACAUUGUCUUCGGACUUACCUAUGCACUGCACCUCAACUACCCAAAGUACAUGAAGAACACUUUUGAUUUUUUUCAACAGGUACUUCUGAACUUAGGUAAGACAGAUCUAAAACCUAAACUUCAAACACUCAAGAAUCAACUUGCAAUGUAAGAUCCAGCAUCUCCUCUUCCCAAGUCACAAAUGGGUUUUUUUUAUUAAUUGGCAGUAAAAGUAAAGUAAAGUGAAGAGAGAGAGGGUAAGGAGAGAAGGACAGACUAAAAAAAAUGUUACAUGGGGAUAGAGAAAGCAUGGGGGGUCGUGAGGAGGGGAGACAGAGGGAGGAGGAGGGGGAAGUAUGGGCUCUAGAUGGGUAUCUACUGUCAGUUUUAUUUUUCACCCUUAUUCUGUCUCACACAUGCUUUAUUAUUUUAUUAUUUGAAGAGAAACAUUUUUUGUUAAUGAUCGAGUUCACAAUUGCCAAGAUGGAGGAGUGGGGUAGAGAGAAGAGGGGUGGAAGAGAGAAAGGGAGGUAGAGGUGGAGGGGAGAGUAUGGGCUCUCCAUACAGGUAUCUGCUCUGUUAUUUUUUUCACCCUCCCGUUCUCUCUUCUUUCAUUCUCACACACUUUUUUUCCCCCAUGGACACAUUUGUUAUUUGUAAAUGUUAAGAUGCCAGUGUUCAGCAAGGCUGAGUUUUAUCUUGCCAGUUUGUCAACCAAAUUUGAAGAGUAAAUGUUAAGUGUUGAAGUAUAAAUGUAAGAUGCCAGUGUUCAGCAGGGCUGAGUUUUAUCUUGCCAGUUUGUCAACCAAAUUUGAAGAGGCGCAGUACAAUAUUGUAAUGAUUGGAGGUAAAGAGGAAGAUAUUUUUUUUCUUUUCAUGCCAUCACUGAGAUAACGUCACACUAGAAGCCUAUUAGGCCAUGGCAUUGUUUCCUUUGUUCCUGAAAAAAAGACAUGUUCAAUAAAAAAAAUGGAUCAGUGUAAUGUUGCAGUUGUAUGUAUGUAUUUUACACGGCUCUAUUGAUUGAAAGACAUAUUUUGAGUUUCAGUAACUAAAAAAGUUAAGUUGGGUCAGUUAGAAUAUACAAUUUAGUCGAAUUGGUAAUGGAGUAAUGCUUACUUAACAAGCUGAGUUAAAUAAAUGGGUGGGAAUGAUUGUUUAAACUAAGUAUCUUCAGUUACUAUAACUCGGUUAUUAGUACAUUCAACUUAAAUGUUCUAUUCCAUUCCAUUAUGGGCUCAAGUACAUUGAACGUAGUACACUUCACUUAUUCAACUAAUGCUUCAUUACUUAAAAAUUUUAAGGCAACGAGUUACCUUGAUUUUUUUAAGUAGAUUCAACUUAUCCGGGUUU